ACCGACAGUCGACGGCACCCAUGAAGACAUCUGAGCAAAGGUUCGACACUGUAUCUUCUUCUUCCAUUGCCACAUACGAUUCGGUUUUGUCUGAGAUGGCACCCCUGUGCCGAGACUUGCCUGUAGGCGGCGAGGAUGUGGAAAUCGAAACCGAAGACGAGGAGGAGGAAGACGAGGAAAGUGGUGACGACGACGGCGAAGACGACGGAGAGGACGACCAGGAGGAGGCAGAUAAGGAUUUUAUUCUGUCAGAUCCGGAAUCACUUCAUAUUCCUCCAGUGCUGCCUCCUUACCGUGGCACCUCAAACGAACGCCCGUGUCGGCCGUCCACACCUCAGGACUUUGCCAAUCUAUUUCCUUCGCUGGAUCGACUUGCCGUACGUCAUGACGAUUGCACCUCGGAUGGCAACAUGAACCUUCGUGUCGAUACUGUUGUCCCCUUUGGGCAUACCCGGCGGACACUUGCGGUCCAGCUAUUCCAUCUCCGCAUGCACGACCUCGCUCGCCGAGAGUUCUCACUGCGCCGCUAUUGCCGUGACUCUGGACGAGAGGUCUGCAACUCCAAACGAGAAUAUGCCCCAGCACCUAUCAGUACUGUUGCUGCAGCACGACCCGCCCUUCAACGGUCAAUGAGCUCAGCCGUGCGCACAAUGACGACUCCUUUCCACCGACCAUCCUCUAGCAACUCUUCGAUUUUCAAACAUAACAAUGCAGCCAGCGCUUCGACACAUUCCGACAACGCUUCCGUCUGGUCCGGCUCACACCAAACCGAGAAAUCCGAUUCACAAGUUCCCAAGCCCAAGGCACGAAUGGUACCCACCAACCGUAUCAAGCUCGAGUUCAGCAACUAUGCCCGCGUAGACAUUGCGCGACGAGGUGGACGCACAAACAAGCGAUAUGAGUUUGAGUGGUGGGGUCACACAUACGCUUGGAAACGUGUCAUUGACAAGAACCUCAAUGUUGUCUCAUUUCACCUUGUCAGAGACGGCCAUGGCGCACCCGUUGCCCACAUCGUCCCCGAAAUGCGCAGUCCCAAUCAAGUUCUCGACGACGAAAUGGCUGGUGCCUGGGUUACUCCUUGCUACAUAUGGAUUAGCGACAGCAGCAUUAUUGAUGCCAUUACAGACGUGGCUGAUGUAAUUAUUUCCACUGGUCUCAUUUCCCUUGUCGACGACUGCAUCAAGGAGCGAUGGCAAGUAAAGAAGCCUUCGCAUCGUGCCAUUCGCAGGGAUAUUGAUGAUGUGAACCACUCCAACCCUCGGUCAUUCAUGCCCAGCUUCUUUCAACGUCGCCACUCAGAAGAGCACUCUUCGAGCCGUGGCUCGUUGAGGUUUGGCCGCAAGCCUAUUGCUGCAUACUAAUAUGCAAGCAACUUCCAAUAACUUCAAUCGAUCACUUUCCGGUAUUCUUUUUUGGAUAUUUUAAUCAGAUUCGUUGUUUUUGCUAUGGAACGCGAGAGCACAGUUCACUGCCAUCGACAAGAUGGCAUUCAUACUCAGUCUACUUGUUUUGUUUUAACAUUUGUAUUUCCCGUCAAGAACGGUCGUGUAUAUAUUCUACAUUUCAUUGUUUUCCUAUCUGCUUAUACUCUCCACAGAUUUGUAGGGCUGCGAGGUAUUGAACAAGCAUUUGCGGGAUACAGGAUUUAUCCCCAUGGUAUCAACAAGCAAGGCGCUUUGGAGUUUUGGGAUAGGGCCACGAGAGAAGGGAACCCUAGGAUUGAUGGCCUGGCUCGGCUUGGUACAUACCACCUGCAUCUUUUUUUUUAACACUGGAUUGGACUACGCCUCCGACCCCAGAUAUGAAAAUGGCUAUGGCUCGGAACGAAUUGAAUCAUUUAUGCAUUACUGGACCAUACACAGAGUAGUUGACUGCAGAUCAGGCUAAAGUGCACAUAAUGAUAUAUAAUCAUGAGCUGACACAAGCGCUGAAAAUGAUUAAUCCCCUAUG